AUGCAAGCCACGUGGACACCGGUCCAUCUCGCCGCCGGCGUGCCAGCCAACCUCAUCUCGCGCUCCAGUCACUGCCUCUCCGUCGUGGGAAGGAGAGCAUUCAUCUUGUGAGUGCAAGGCCACGCUACCCGCAGUUGUACUCGUAGUGCUGACAAGUCGGUGCUGCAGUGGAGGUGAGCUCAAACCGAGGACGCCAAUUGGCAACGAGGUGCUCGUCGUCGACUUGGAUGGCAAAGGUGGGUUGGGUUAGCAUACACCUCUAGCAGGUGUCGAACGUCGCUGAGCACGUGACACCGCGCGCGCGCACACACACACGCAUUCCCCCAGACCCAUCUCGUGUUGUCGAGCCUGCUUCUGCAGCCCAAGCAUGGCCAAUAGCGCGAGUAGGAGCGUCCAUGGUGGCACACGCUGCAUCCAAAGCGCUGUAUCUCUGGGGAGGCCGAGGAGGCAAGGACAUGUCGCCCAUCGAGACCCGGAGAGGUGAUGGAGAGCAGGAUACAGACGACCUGUGGCGCUUCGAUACUGUUCAGGAGAAGUGGACUAAGCUCGAGACGCAAAGGGGCACAUCGAGCGAGUUUCCGCAGGACCGCUCUUAUCACACUGCUGCAAUCGCAGGCGACAGGCUCUUCAUCCAUGCUGGUUGUCCGGCUUCUGGUGAGUCGCGUAUGUAUGGCACAGCUCACGCGCUGAUAGCGUCUGCUGCUGCUCAACCACGGCGGUCUUGUGCUCAGGUCGCCUCGCCUCUCUUGAGAGCAUCGAGUUGGGCGACUUGACUUGGUCGACUCUGCCCUCUGCGCCAGAGCCUGGUCGUGGGGGCACGGUUCUAACGGCUAUCGAGAGCCCAACCGGUGCGAAGCAGCUGAUAAGAUGGGGCGGAUUUUGCGGGUGAGCGUGGGCGCAAAAAUCAAGUGGACGCAAAAAUCAAGAGCUGCGACCGCACUGACGCGACGCGUUUUUAAUCGGUGCUCUUGAGAUACGAGCUUGGAGGUCCGUUGGACAUCUUUGACAUCGCGUCUGCUACCUGGACAUCAUCCGAGGUCUCUUUGUUGAACAUCAGCGGCCAGCCACCCAAGCGCUCCGUGCAUGGACUCGUGCCGUAUCCUUUAGGCGCAAAAUCUAUAUCGCACGGCACCUUUGGCGAGGCGAAAGCUAUAGCAAUCAUGUUCAUGGGCGAGGGCCAAGGUGCGCCAAAAGAGCUGGGGCAUGAUGGAGCAGGUAAAGUGAGUCGGCGUUUGCGAUUGCUCAGCAAUGAAUGCUCGCUAACACAAGUCACACGCUGCAGUUCCUCGACGACGUCUACGCUCUUUUGCGAUCAUUGAGCGAGCCGAGCACGUUUGCAUGGCUGCGCAUCGAGCCCAAGGUCGCCAACAGCAGCAUCGCCCCUCAGCCCCGUGGAUGGUUUGCCUUUGACGCCACAAACACCAAGAAUGGCCUAGAGAUUAUUGCACAUGGCGGUCUGAAUGAGGCCAACGAGCGCAUUGGAGAUGCGUGGAGACUAUCCAUUGGGCACGCUGCGGUCUGA